GUGUGGCACUCCCUGGGUACUGUCAGCCUAGAUUAUGUGCUGGAGCGCCUGGAGUGGGACAGGAAUGCACUCUUGAUGCUGACAGUGUGAGCCCAGGGCAACGCUUUUUAACAAAAAAAAAGAGGGAAAGAGUUACGUAGAUUUUACAGCACAGGAAGCAGCCGUUCGGUCCAACAGAUAUGUGCUGGUGUUUAUCGUCCAUAUAAGUGUCCUCUUUCCAUGAUCGGGAAGGGAAGGGCAUGAGGUUGUGCUGUGAUUUUUGUCUGCUGACUGAGCUGGGAGUAUUGGGUUUUUGAGAGGCUGCAGCCAGCCAAGUUUUAAUCCAUUGAACGCAAAUGUCAGGAUGAUUUGCAGACUGCAGCUGCUGGUAAAUAUAACCUGCCGGAUGACUGGGUCUCCGUUAUAAAACUGCUGGAGUGCCCACUCACGCCUGUAAUAAUCUCUCUCACUCUCUCUGAUUGCAGAUGGUUUGAUUCCCAAUCCCCCCCCCCCACCCCCAGAAGGAUGGACAGGCCUAACACGCUGACCCAAGCCUCGGUGUUGCCUUUUUCCGACCCCAGUCACGCCCUCAACAUCCUGCAGGGCAUCAACGAGUUGCGGGUGGAGGGCAAGUUCUUCGACAUGACCCUGUCGGCGGACGGCCAGGACUUUCCGUGUCACCGGACGGUGCUGGCGGCCGCCAGCCACUACUUCAAGGCCAUGUUCGCGGGCCGGCUGAAGGAGAGCUACGCCGAGCGAGUGGAGCUGCACGGGGUGAAGGCCGACGUCCUGGGCCUGCUGCUGGACUUCUCCUACACCGGCCAGGUGACCGUCACCCAGGGCAACGUGGAGCCCCUGGCCCGGGCCGCCGACCUCUUCCAGUUCCACUCGGUCAAGGAGGCCUGCUGCGCCUACCUGGAGCGGCAGCUGGACGUGGCCAACUGCCUGGAGAUCCAGGAGUUCGCCGAGGCCUACGCCUGCCGGGGCCUGGCCGAGAACGCCAAGCGCUUCAUCCUGCGCCACAUCGUCGAGCUGUCCGAGGAGAAGGAGUUCGAGGCCCUGCCCCAGCGCCGGCUGCUCGAGUACCUGUCCGACGACCGGCUGCACGUCGACAAGGAGGAGGCGGCCUACCAGCUGGCCCUCCGCUGGGUCAAGGCCGACCCCAAGCGCCGGCUCCGCUUCUGGCCCGAGCUCUUCGAGCACGUCCGCCUGCCCUUCAUCCGCCGCUUCUACCUGCUGGCCUACGUGGAGAGCGACCCGCUCGUCUAUUACUCCCCCCGCUGCCUCCAGCUCAUCCACCAGGCUCGGGCCUUCCAGUCCUCCGAGUACGACCGCCACGACUACCCGUGCGAGCGGAUGCGGGCCCGGCCCUCCACCGGCCUGGCCGAGAUUCUGGUGGUGGUGGGCGGCUGCGACAAGGACUGCGACGAGCUGGUCACCGUCGAUUGCUUCAACCCGCAGAGCGGCCAGUGGCGAUACCUGGCCGAGUUCCCCGACCACCUGGCCGGAGGCUACAGCAUCACCGCCUUCGGCAACGACAUCUACGUGACCGGUGGUUCUGAUGGGACAUCGCUGUACGACUGUGUGUGGCGUUACAAUUCCAGUGUGAACGAAUGGACUGAGGUAUCGCCCAUGCUGCAAGCCCGAGAAUAUCAUAGCUCCGUGGUACUCAAAGGCCACAUCUACAUUAUCGCCCAUGACAGCCUGGAGCGCUACGAUCACAGUAUCGACAGCUGGGAGGCCCUGCAACCUAUGCCCUUCCCCAUGGAGAACUGCUCGACUACAGCCUGCCGGGGCAAACUCUAUGCCAUUGGCACUCUCACUGGCAAAGAGUCGAUGGCCAUUCAGUGCUACAACCCUGAGACUGACUCCUGGAGUGUCGUGGUUUGCGGCUCAUUGCCUCCAUGGUCGUUUGUGCCAAAGACGGUGACUCUCAAUGGACUGAUCUACUUUGUGCGGGAUGAUUCUUCAGAAGUUGAUGUGUAUAACCCAAUAAAGAAUGAAUGGGACAAAAUCCCGCCCAUGAAUCAGGUCCACGUUGGGGGCAGUGUUGCUGCUCUCGGGGGGAAGUUGGUUGUCUCCGGUGGCUACGACAACACGUUUGAACUAUCUGACAUAAUCGAAAGCUACGAUUUUCAGACUGGCAUCUGGAGCAUUGUGGGGCGACUCCCACAGCCCACUUUCUGGCACGGGACUGUCAGUAUCUUCCGGCAGUUCAUGCCCACUGCCCGGGUUACCUUCGAAGGGACCAUGAACGACAAUCAUAACAAUGAAAUAAAUGUCCUGAAUCUGGCCCGAUAUCGAAGACACCUUCACAAUGAGAACCUCCGCCUAUAGCACUGACCAGAUUGGAGUGAAGGCUGAAACCUGGACAGUGAAACCUGCUCAGAUUUUCACCAAAACCAGCUGGUUUCUAACACGUUUCAAAAAGCUCACCUUCUAUUGUGAAUUGCACAUGUCAACUGGACAAUGGUCUUUCCCAGUUUAUUUUUUUAAAACUUGUCCUUGUUGGACCAUAAGCAGUAACUGCUCCCAGUUGGAUUGGGUUCUGACUAAAAUUGCUGAUGUUGGCAGGGUUCCACCAUCACUACCUGCCUCCUGCUAUUGGCUGCUGGCUGUGUUUAAUCUGGCAGGUUUCACUGUAUCUGUUGACCGAUUCUGCUGAGUGAGGAGAUAUGACAGUUUUGUCUCCUCCCUUGGACAUAUGCUUGUUACAAAGCAUUGGUUAAGAAAGAAAGACUUGCCUUUAUAUAGCGCCUGAUAGCAUCGCAAAAACUCUUCACUUGCAAUUAAUUUACUUUUGAAGUGCAACGAUGUAAGAUAAUGAGGCAACCAUUCUGUGCACAGCAAGAACGUACGAACAGCAACACACUUGAUGUGGUUUUAGUUGUAGUUUGAGGGGAGAAUAUUGUGGAGGACGGGACCACAGAACUCCCUGUCCUUCAAGUAGUCUACAGGAUCUUGAUGGUCUAUCUGCACAGGCAGACAGAGCCUUGGUUUAGCACUCAACUAUUUUGAGCUUUGUAUUUUGUUCCAGCCCCAUGAAGUCCACUAUAUUUUUACUGUUUUUACGUUUUCUAUGAGUGCAUUGGAAUAGAAUGAAGAACCAGGUGAACAUGCUUUGUGCUGUUUCCUGGCUUUUAAUGAAGACACAUAAUAUAAUCCAGUGUUUAAUGUUUACGCGAAGGAGAAGUGAAGCGAGUUCCAAUUGGAAGCUCUGCUAGCUCCAAACAGCUUUCCAAAAGCUCAUUGAAGGUACUGACUGCUGCAUUUUGUUAAGGCUGGAUCUGAUCCGAUUAAAAUCUCCCAACACCAAGUGAGCAAAUCUGUGCAGCGGAGAACGGCUUGUUUGGAAUGUAGAAUUGGGGUCUUGCUGCCUUGGAGAUGGCAAUUUGGUACUGGUGCACUUUAAUCCUGUGGGAUAUCUUUUAAUUCACCUCAAAUUGCUGCCCUGUCACCGACCCCACCCGCCUCAGCUUGUUAUCCACAGUAUUUUGCCCUGGUGUUUAAAAAAGAACUCUGGUUUGGAAGGACAGAAUCUGCUGGGGAGUUCCUGUGUCCCAGUAAUGCUGCCUGCUAAAAGCUUGUUCCAGAACAGCUCAUCUACCUUCUCCAUUACUUGAGUAGGCAAAAGGGAUGGGGUAUAUAUUUAGUUUUUUAUAUAUAUAUAUAUUUCUAUUUAUAGAGCAGUAGAGAUAAUGCAAUUAAAUAUUCCAGAGUCACUAAUUCAGAAUUGGCUACCAGAUAGAAAGACAUGGCUGUUCGUUUGUAGUUCUUUUGGAAUUUGGAAGUAAAUGUUCCCAAUGUCUGUUUGAGGUAACUUGAACAGAACGUGAAACAAAUGAUGUAAUUAUUUGCUGCUGACAAUAUUCGGAGUCCAAUUGUAUGAAAUAUUUCAUCAGGAACACAUGUUAAAUGUGUAGUAGGAGUUUUGGUUAUUGCUCUCUUUACCUUUCACCCUUUUCUGUCCUGAAGACACUGCCUCUCACUGGGGUACAGAUUGCAGCAGCGAUUGCUCCCUCAUCCAACUCGACCAUUUCUCAUGUGAGUGUUGGCAGGUUAUUUGAUCGCGGCCAGGGCUGAUGCUGUCCUCCUCGCCCAGUAAAUACAAUUGGGAGCAGGAGCCCCUACUUGUUUUUUUUUUCUCUCUCUCCUCUUUGGUCCAGCGCACUGAUGCCAAUUCCAACAUCCCCACUGCUCUGUGGCUAAGUUAAGCUUAGUACAGACCUAGGAUGGAACCAGUGCUUUUGUUGAUCUGUAGAGCUCAACUCAAUUUGGAUAAACUUUUAGUUGUUGGAGCAGGAGUGGCUCAUUUUUAAAAAAAAUUAUCUGAAUCAGAUUUUGAACUCUUGAAUCUAGAAAAGAGCACCUUGAAAGAGAAAAUCGAUACAAUUAUUUUCCAAGUUGGGGCAAAUAGUUUUCUUUCAGAUUCUGUGAAUUUCAAACACUUCCUGCUUUUAUCUCUAGUUUUAAUGUGUGUCUUUUUAUUUUAAGUGUUGUGGCUUAUUGUACACACACAAUUGUAGUUUACAUUGAGAAGUUGUACAACACAAAUUCCACUAAAAUAAAAUGCGUUUACUCAA